GACAAUCUGCCCUCCGGCCCUCUUGUUGCAAAACCCCUGGAGGAUUCAAUUGCACCGAUCUGAAGACGACGAAAAAGAAUACGAAUACGACGCGGGAGCAACAGCCAUGAUGAUGGAGACGAUGAGCCGAGCGCUGGAUAGGGCGAAGAUGCUCGUCGGAAUGGAGUCCGAUGAGGAAUCCCUUGCCCAAGAAGCACAGUCGUCGUCCUUCUUCGACGAAUUCGAUCGCAACUGCACCCUCUCCACCAAGCAGAGAUUGUAUGGUUUCGCCAUUUGUUUAUCUGCAGGUCUAGCCUGUACGAUCCUGUCCAUGCUUGUUUUCUUCAAUCCAAUCAAAUUUGGCAUAACAUUCACCUUUGGCAAUUUGCUUGCGCUUGGAAGCACAGCUUUUCUUAUAGGUCCCAAACGACAAAUUGAUAUGAUGCUUGAUCCUGUCCGUAUAUAUGCAACAUCUAUAUUCAUAGCAAGUAUGAUAAUAGCUCUGUUUUGUGCUUUUUAUGUCCACAAUAAACUCCUGACACUUCUUGCUAUUAUUCUGGAGUUUGGUGCCCUCAUUUGGUAUAGUCUCAGUUAUAUUCCUUUUGCAAGAUCAGCUGUUUCAAAAGUCAUGGUUGCUUGCUUUGACACUGAGUUCUAAGCUUUAACUGAUUCAAAAGGAAGUUUAUUGAUCUCAUGACUGAACUCUUUCUCAUGUGUCCCUGAUUGCUGUGAUGGUUGACCAUUUUAAAAUGGUGGGAAGGCAUUGAACAGGAGAACUCUCGACACUAGGUUUCUCCCAUAAUUUGUAAAUUAGUGAUCAUCAUGUGAAGUUGAAUGCUGUAUAUCUUCCAGUGUGCUGCUCUAUUAGUUUUUUCCCUUUAAUGGCUUCGCACGAGGCAUUGGUUUUCUUCAUGCCUUUACUCCAUAGUAGAUAUAUAGGUAUGAAGAAUGCAACAUUCUCUUUGGAGUAUCCCAUCUUCAUCAAGCAAGUGUAUCAAGACAUGUUUUAUGUUGCUGAGACUUGGCUUUAAUUAUAUGACAAGGUGGCCCAAGAAUUUUUCUUCUUAAUCA